UUAUCGGCUCCGCGUUAUUAUUCAUGGGUUUGAUAAAAGUGGCCGCUGAUGUCACGGAGCCACGCCGAACUCAACGGGGGAGGUUUCCCGGCUAUUAUGGGGCCGUUGAUCGGUGUUGAGAGUGGACAUGCAUGUGCAAGCGUGAAUGCGAGUCUAUGGCAUGUACCUCAUUCGGACGGGUCUCCAGCGUUCUGUCCCGCGGAGUGGAAUGUUUCGCCGGAUAGAUACGCCGAUAUGAGGCACUUUCCGGCGCACGUCGAACGAUGAUCAGCGCAUGCGACAAUUGCUUCACAAUGGAUUUGGCCGAGUCUAUAAUGCUAACAGUUUAAGGACAGUUGUUCGCGAAACACAACUCCCGUGGGAAAAGAUCGGCAGUUGACAGGUACCAUGGGGACGAGGUACUUCCGAAGCCACUUCGCCGAGAUCCCUUUCGGUGACACAUGGGCUUUUGUUUUUGCAUCUCGAACCGCAAAAAAACCGCGUGUUCGCCUGUUUCAGGGUAGUUGUGGUAGUCCUCAUCAAGACUAAUCAAACAAGCCGCACGCACCGCCGCGACUUGCCGUCGGCAUUGGCUCUCGCCGGUGGGAAAAAGGCAAGGUCGCCAGAGUACCUCCACCGAUACUUCUCUGAUCGGGGAAGAUGUCGCUUCAACAUGACAUCCGAAUGGAUCUCAAACCCCACCGAGCAAGGUUGGCUACCGGAGCCGACUGAGAUACAGUAUGAUGCACGUCACACGACCUUCGGCGCCCACUUUUAUAUAA